UUUGCAUAGCUUUUCCACCUCUGCCGUUUAGUUGGAACCACUUUCUUGGGCGGAAGUCUGCGGCGCGCCAGGACCUGGGCUGAAGCUCGGAGAAAUGGCGGUCCCGGGUUCCAACACCAUCUUACUCUUGGCCCUAACAAUCACACUCAUCCAGGCGCUAACACCCAGCCACUACCUCACCCAACGUGAUAUUGAACGACUGAAAUCCUCUUUGAAUCAGCCAUUCUCAGAUUUGGAAACUGCUUUCUACUCCAUCGUGGGACUCAGCAAGCUUGGUGCACAAGUGCCUGAUGUAAAGCAAGCCUGUACCUUCAUCAAAUCCAACCUAAAUCCCAACAGCCUUGACUCCCUCUUCUAUGCUGCACAGUCCAGUCAGCUCCUUUCAGGUUGUGAGAUUUCUAUUUCCAACGAGACCAAAGAUCUGCUCCAUGCAGCUGUGAGUGAAGAUUCAUCAGUCUCUCAGAUCUACCAUGCAGUUGGAGCCCUCAAUGGCUUUGGCCUUCCUUUGGCAUCUCAAGAAGCACUCAGUGCUCUCAUUGCCCGUCUUAGUAAGGAGGAAACUGUGCUGGCGACUAUUCAGGCUUUACAGACGGCAUCAUACUUAUCUCAGCAAGCUGAUCUGAGUGGUAUCGUAGAGGAGAUUGAGGACCUUGUUGCUCGUUUAGAUGACCUGGGUGGAGUGUAUCUACAAUUUGAAGAAGGCUUAGAGCCCACUGCAUUAUUUGUUGCUGCCACUUACCAGCUGUCAGAUCAUGUGGGAACAGAGCCACCUUUUAAGGAGGAUCAAGUAAUCCAGCUGGUGAAUGCAGUUUUCAGCAAAAAGAAUUUUGACUCUCUCUCUGAAGCCUUCAGUGUUGCUGCUGCCGCUGCUGCAUUUUCUCAGAAUCGCUAUCACCUUCCUCUUGUCAUUGUUGCUGAGGGCUCAGCUUCAGUGUCUCAUCAGCAGCCUGUUCUCCGGCUGCAAGUUACAAAUGUUAUGUCACAGUUUCUGCCUCAUGCUUCUGUCACAUUGGAACGUGCCAAGUCUACUUCUACUAAGAAUACAGUUCUACAGCAAACUGCCUUUACUCCUUCAGGAGAUGGUUUUGAUCUGAACUUCAUGAAUGCCAAGCCUGCCAGUGGUUAUUAUGACUUCUCUAUCCGUGUUGAAGGUGAUAGCCGCUACAUUGCAAAUGUAGUAGAGCUCAAAGUCAAGGUCUCCACUGAAGUUGGUAUCACAAAUGUAGAUCUUUCAACUGUGGAUAAAGAUCAGAGCAUUGCACCUAAAACCACACGGGUGGCCUACCCAGCUAAAGGAAAGGGUUCAUUCACUGUUGACAGCCAUCAGAACUUUGCCUUGUCCUUUCAGCUGGUUGAUGUAAACACUGGUGCUGAGCUUACUCCUCAUCAGACAUUUGUUCGUCUCCACAACCAGAAAACUGGUCAAGAAGUGGUGUUUGUUGCUGAACCAGAUAGCAAGAAUGUGUACAAGUUUGAACUGGAUACAUCUGAAAGAAAGAGUGAGUUUGACUCUGCCUCUGGUACUUACACCCUCUACUUGAUCAUUGGAGAUGCCACCUUGGAGAAUCCAAUCCUCUGGAAUGUGGCUGAUGUGGUCAUUAAAUUCCCUGAAGAAGAUGCUCCUUCUACUAUCCUUUCAAAGAACCUUUUCACUCCUAAACAAGAAAUUCAGCACUUGUUUAGAGAGCCAGAGAAGAGACCGCCCACUGUAGUAUCCAACACAUUCACUGCCUUGAUCCUUUCCCCCUUACUUUUGCUCUUCAUUUUGUGGAUUCGGCUUGGGGCCAACAUUUCCAACUUCACCUUUGCUCCCAGCACUAUUAUUUUUCACCUGGGACAUGCUGCUAUGCUUGGCCUUAUGUAUGUCUAUUGGACUCAGCUCAACAUGUUCCAGACCCUGAAGUACUUAGCUAUCUUGGGGAGCAUCACAUUCCUGGCAGGCAACAGAAUGCUGGCCUACAAAGCAGUAAAGAGAGCAACACAGUAGUCUAGGCUAAGCAGACUAGUGACAGUGACCAUAUCUUCUCCGUACAGCUUCAGUUCUAUUAUCUGCUUUAAAUGUAAAGAUCCCAUAUUCUCUCUCCACCUGAAGGUAAACAUUUUGUAAAUCUCAAAACACUAUAUAAAUAUGAAUUAUUAUUAUUACAUAUUACAAAUGAAAAAACAGGGUUAAGUAACUGCUCAAGGUCACACAGCUACUAAGUGUCUAAGACUGCAUCUGAACUCCAGAUGAGUCUUCCUGACUCCAGGCCUGGCACUCUCUAUGCACUGUGUCAUCUAGCUUCUAUUGUUGUUCCUGAGGUUAGUGCAAUAUUAGUGUACUUUAAUUUUUUAAAAAAUUUAGUCAGAUUUGCUUUGAAAUAUAAUGUUGAACAUAGAGGCAAGAAGGUGCCUUAGCAAGAGCACUGGAUUUGGAAUCAGAAUAUCUGAAAUCAACAAUUUACUUCUUAUGUCACCUUAGGCAAGACAUUGAAACUUUCUGGGACUCAGUUUCUUUUAUCUGUUAAGUGAAGGGUUUGAGUUAGAUGUCUUUGAAGGCCAGAACCAAAUCAAAGGUCCUGUCAUUCAAUAGCAGCUUGUAAAUGAUUAAUUAAUUCCCUUAAGGAAUGUACAUUUUACUGAAAGGAACAACAUACACAGACAAGUUUGUGCAGAAUAUAUACAAAGCUGGGGGCUGGGGAGGUUGUAGACUAGGAGAAAAGAAACCAGUUUUUAGGUGAGUGAAGAAAAAAUUUGCUGGGAAAUUGGUCCAAAGUGAAAGGAGCUGGGGUUUCUAAAAAGGAAGAGUGGGUGGGUGGGUGGGUGGAGGCCUGAAUAGUAGUAGCCAGUGCAAAGGUUAGGAGAUUGGAGAUGAAAUAUGGGGAGAAUGGAAACCCACAAAGGGGAAUAAUGUGUGAUAAGCUUUAAGAGAUAGUCUGGAACCAGAUUAUGAAGAAGGGCCAAACAGAAAACUUUUUAUUUUGUUCUGGAGGCAGUGAAGAGUCACUUCUUGAGCAGGGGAAUGACCUGAUCAUAUUUGGGAUUUGGAUUCGCCAAGUUGAAGCCCAACUAACUUAUGUGAACAUUUGUUAUUUGAAGGGCAUUUAUUGUUCAUAAUGGUCAGAAAUUGUGAAGGUUUUUAUCAACUGUUUUGCAUAAACUUUAUAUUAUAUUAAAGAAUCUUUGAUCUUUGGAAAAUGCGUUGUUAAUUUGUUAAUGUCUCAGACAGCUGGCAUAUUAAUUUGUUUUGGGGACCAGACUCAAACCAUCGAUCUAUCAGAAUCUGUGUGGGUCACUACCCAUGCGGAGGCAUGAGAAAAUGAAACAAUUUUUGUUUUAUUAGUGAACAGUAAGUGUUAAUGGAAUUCCUUAUACAAAAAUUAUGCACUCCUUCAUUUAAUAAAUACUUAUCAAGUA